AUGGCAGAAAAACAAGGGGUUAUAUGUUCAAGAUGCAAUCCAGAAGGCGAAUUAGGUCUUUGUGAAAAAUGCGCCCUUGAACUUAAAGAAGAAAAAUUUUAUGAAGGAAUUACUACAGGACAAGGCGUGCUAGCUCAAGUCCUUGUCCAGCAUAUAUGUAAUAAAUGUUCAAAAGUAAUACGAGUCGAUCAUUAUGCAAUUUUUGAUCACAUUGGUCGUAUUUACGAUGUUGAUUGUGUAUCUACUCAUAAUUUAGUAAAGCUGUUAGCGCAAUCCCUUGCGGGAUUAAAAAUGUGA